AAAUGCGAGUUUUUACACAAAAAGCUGCGUAAGAAUACAUGGCCUUGUGAGACUUGACCCGAAGCCUAUCGACCUUUUACACAGAAAGAUUCAGCCAUUACGCCGGCAAAUUCAGGUCAUCGGGUGUUAACUUAAGGAAAAGAAAAUGAAUGCUGAAGUAAGGGCACAGUGGCCAGACUAUGAGAAGAACCCCAACGCGGAGGAGUUCCGUAAGCUGUUUGUUGGUGGCCUCGACACGAAGACCACUGAAGAGACGCUCAAGGAGUACUUCUCCAGCUAUGGCUCCAUUGAGACAUGCGAGAUCAUGAAGGAGAGGAACAACUCUGCCAAGUCAAAGGGCUUUGCCUUCAUUACCUUUGCCAACACGGACAACAUUGAUGAAAUUCAGAAGAAUCGUCCGCAUGAAAUUGAUGGAAGAAAAAUCGAAACAAAGCGGGCAACACCAAAGCAGCAACAAUACUGGGCGACCAAGAAGCUCUACAUCAAGGACUUCCCCAAAGACAUGAAGGAGGAGGAGCUGACCGAGGAGAUGAGGGACGUGUUCGCCCAGUACGGCACCAUCAUCAACAUCAAGCUCAUCAAGGAUAAGCCCGACGCCAAGGACGCCCAGGGGGCAGGCAGCGGUGGCGGCGCACUCAAGGGCUUCGGCUUCAUUGAGUUUGAUGAUGAGGACCCCGUGGACAAGUGCAACUUGAUGAGGAAGUUUAAGAUCAAGGGGAGUGAGGCCCACGUGUCCAAAGCCUACCCACAGGACAAGAACGCUGGACGAGGUAGGGGAGGCAUGUACUACUACGACUAUGAGAUGUACCCGUACGACUACUACGGCCCACCCAACGCCUACAGCAGACCAUACGGACGCUACGGUGGUGGUGGUGGUGGUGGUGGCGGCGGCCGGGGUGACUACGGAUACGGAGGCUAUGACUUUUACCCGAGUCGCAAUUACCCCCGUGGAGGUGGUGGUGGCAGGCCCUACAGGGGAGGCCGAUAUUAGUCAGAAUAUUGUGCCCGCAGCAUUCAAGUUAACACGUGAUCGAUCAAUUUUCAAGUUCUUUAUUAUAGAUAACAUUCUCCUCACCAAUCAGGUUUUAAUCGAAAUAUUGAGAAGUGAAAAGAAGCCUUUUUCAGUUGUCGGUGAAUUAUUAAGUUUGACCGGUUAACGAGCUUACAUUGUUGGAAAUAAAGACCAUCAUAUAUACCGGUUUUUCUCAAGAAAGAGAAAGCAAGAAAACUUAAGUUAGUAAACAAAUUUAUUUUUUUAAUUUUUUGGAAUUCUAAAUAGUUGUCACAAACAGUUGCAACUAUUUAUUAUUUCUUGCGCUCUCUUUUGAGAGUGCUGUUCUAUCUAUAUGACUGGCAGGACAUUUCAGGCAGGGAUUCUUUUGAUUCACGAGGUCUGUCUUGGUCUGCUGGUCAUGUUUACCAUUUGUUGUACAUAUUUUCUUCAUGGUAUGAGAGCCGAAUGCGGUCAGCCAUUUUUGUUACACUCAUGUAUACAUGAUUCAUGCGACGCAAGUUUCUCACGGUUCGUCACAAUGCUGUUUCUGUUGCUUUAUACGUUGAAGUGUGCAGAAACAGGGCUGUGUCGAACCAAACAGAAAAUAUGUGCAACUUAUAUUUUUGUACAUUAUGUUUUAUAUUUUACACAAAUGGUGCAAAAUAUUCAUUUUGUAUGAUACAUAGAGAUUUGAUCUUAGAAGCCGGUAAUUUUAACCUCCAAAUGAGGUAUUUUACUGCCAUUUUAGAUCAAGUCCGGUGAUUUUACUGAAGCGUUACGAUCAUGCAUAAUGUGUUCAGGUUUUGAUACAAGCGUGUGCUAAAGGGUGGUGUAGUGAAUCGAAAUCGCAAGAUUAUUUGCUACUUUGGUUAUUUAAAAAAAAAGGCAUGGUUUCAGUAAUUGGAAAAAGGCUUUCAAUAAUUCUCGGUAACAAUAAAAUUGAGCAUGGUAAUCAAUGAUUUGUGCUCUAAAUGGAAGACGUUGAUUUUUUGUUGUAUCAAUAUUUCGAUCAAAUUUGAUUGAUAUUUUUUUUUAACAUCAGUUUGUUACAUUUGUUAAGAAUACAAUCGUGAAGUGCAUUUCUCUUGUAGUAGUUGUUGUAGUGCUGGAAGAACCUCUGCUAGCUCUGUACACAGCUGUCUUUUUGUUCAAUACGAAACUCGUAUUCAAAUACGGACCAAUAAUCAGUGCGCAAGGUUCUGUUAAAGAUUGUUUAAAUUUUGAACACGUAUGGUUUAAUGUUUACAAAUAAAUGAUUUGCAUAUAUAUUGACUUAUGCUUGGAGCAAAUCAAUACAUACAGGAAUCCGGCUUUGGGGCGAGUGUAUCGACCACGCAUGUCAAAGGCGCUGUAGAUUGUGAGCUAGCAGGGGGAGGGGGUUGUUGCGCAAUCGGAGGUUCUUGGCGGAGUCAUGUGUUAAUGUUCAUGCUUACCUUAUGUUUGUAACGGCAAGUUGUGUAAAUUGAAAGACACACGUUGUCAGUUUUGUAUGUAAAACAAUGGAAUAUGUAGCAGAAUAAAACUAGACAUGUUCUACAUAUA